AUGCUCCUCGGACAUGUCAUCACGCAGAGCUUCCUGCAUAUCAUUGCUGUGCAACUGAUAUAUGGUUUCGUAUCCAAGGAAGAUAUUCUGGUAGUAUCGGAUAGUUUUGAAAAGCGGAAUAUAUUGGAUGACGAACAAAUUAGAAACGAAGAUGAAAUAACUAGUAAUGAAAAUAUUAAAGAUGUACAUACACGUCUUUUGAACGAUAUCAAGGCUAGGGCACAACCAUUCCAACGACCAGUCCAGCACCUUCACACUCCAGUCGACGUUCAUGUACGAGCAGCUCUCUAUCAAAUCGUUGAUUUGGAUCAACGAAAUAACAUAGCAACGAUAUCCGGUUAUUUCGAUGCAUGGUGGAUUGAUCGAUCACUGAGAUGGAACGCCAGCAAAUUUGAUAAUAUCAAUAGAACAUUCAUACCUAUAAACUGGGUUUGGAAACCUGAAUUAUACUUAUAUCACAGUAUACAAGGUCGUGUCCCAGAUUAUGCUUCUGAUUCAGUUGCGGAAAUCAAUGCCAGUGGUCGCCUACGUAUUUUUAUUCCUGUCACUGCACGUGCCCUAUGUCCCAUAAAUGUUAAACACUUUCCUUUCGAUGUACAAAAUUGUACUUUCGCGUGUGGUUCAUGGUCAUAUCAGUAUGAAUACGUAAAUUUGAUUGUUGACCAACAAGAAGUAUUUCUUGGUGAUUUUUAUGACAAUCAAGAAUGGCUGCUAGAAAAUGCUACACUACUCAAUGGCACGAUGGAAUAUCUCCAGCAAGAAUCAUUUUCCUCAGUUUAUAUGAUUUUAAUCCUUCGAAGACAGUCAUUUUAUUACGUUUUCAACUUUGUUUUCCCAACCACUUUGGUGAGCCUUGUAGCAGUUAUUGGCUUUCAUGUUCCAAUAAAUGCUACCGGUCGUCGAGAAAGUAAAUUUCGUCUGGGUAUUAUGACAUUGUUAAGUAUGUCUGUUAUGCUUUUGAUGCUAGUUGACGAAAUGAAAUUUGCACUGGAAUCAAUACCAGGUCAAAGAGGCUCAUUUUCCGAUGUGCCUUUGCUUGGGCUAUUUCAUAUGAUACAAAUGCUUAUCAUAAGCGUGGCCACAUGCACUAGUUCAAUAUUUGUUUAUUUAGAGAAGUACGCUUUGCGCCAUCAGUAUAUUCAGGCGAUUCCUUGGUGUUUACGAUUCUUGACUGCCAAGCGAUUAUUCUUCUGCUACGUACCCAAGAAGUUUCGUAUUGCUAGCUGUGAAGACAUCAAGCGGAACCACGACAUUACAACGCGUUUUGUAACCUCAACGUCUGAAAGCUUCACAUUUCGAGAUAUCAUACCUGCUGACAUAAACAUGGCAGAAUGUCAUCAAGAAACAGCAGUAUCAGAAGCAAUUGCUGAAGCACCACCACCAUUGAAUAUACAGCGCCUAGAGCUAUUGGUCAAUUUGAUGAGAGAGUUCAUUCAAAUGAAGGAAGAAGCCCAAAGACGACAUUGCUUACCUACUCAUUGGGAAAGGGUCAUUCGAAGAUUGGAAAAUAUUUCACUUACUACUUAUCUCUUCCUAGUCAUCUCCAAUGUCACCAUGUUCAUGUGCUAUGAGUUUUGGUAUCAAUAA